AGGAGCUGAGACAGGUGGACGCUCAACUGGAAAGGGAGACGCCGCGAGAGACAGUGGCAGUGAGAGGACGAGGAAGAGAGGAGAGGAGAGAGAGUGAGUGAGUGAGUGAGUGAGGAGUUGGAAGAAAUACAACUCAGAUCACAGGGACGGGCCUGGACGCUGUGGCAGGAUGUCGAAGAAUAAGGAAAACACUCAAAUGAAGAUCAGCAAGACUCAGGCCAACGACCUGGCCGUGCUGAUCGCUCGCAUGCAGCAGAAUGCAGACCAGGUGGAGAAGAACAUCCUGCGAUCAGAGGAGCAUCUGGCUUUGGACACAGAGCGUGAACGGAAGAACCAGCAGCUCAUCCACCAGAGGGAGAACGCAGAAGACCUGACGCAGGCCGAGGGGCUGCUGAAAGAACUCUUCAUGGACGUGGACAGAGCCAAGAAGCUGGGGCACCCACAGGUCAACGAGAUCGAGAGAGAUGUGAAGAAUCUGCACGACCGCUGGGCGAAGGAUUGCGCCACCUACAGGGAGCUGUAUGACCAGAAGCAGGACUUGGAGUUGUCACAGAAGAUUGGCUGGGGUCCUCUGCUGGAUGAAAAAUUGAAACAGCUGAAGGCAGAACCGUAUGGCCCCAAACUGUCUGACGUGGAGAAGCAGAUCGCUGCACACAACAUUCUUCACCAGGAGUUCGAAGCCUACAGUAACCAGCUGCACCCCGGCACCACCAGCUCACAGGAGCAGUACGCCGCCGUCAAAGAGCAAUAUGCUAAACUUCUGGAGAGAUCCCAGCAGAGGCGCAACAACCUGUCCUCUCUGUACGAGUACAUGCAGAACUGCAGCAAGGAGCUGGUCUACCUGUCGGGGCAGCAGGAGAGGAUCCUCCAGAGAGACUGGAGCGAUCGCAUGGUCGACCCCCCGGGGGUCCGCAUGGAGUAUGAGAAAUUCAAGAAUAACGGACUGCUCGCACAUGAGACCGAGAUCAACCAGCUGCACGAGGCAGGAGAUCGUCUGGUUAAGAUGAAUCACCCUGGAAUCCCAACGAUCAAGGCUCACAAAGAAUCGGUGCAGAACGAGUGGCAGGCCUUUCUCAACCUGUGCCUGGCACAGGAAACACAUCUGGACAACAUCGAGGACUACAAGAAGUUCCAGCUGGAUGCAGAGACGCUGUCCGAGUCCCUGGAAAGACUCAACUCCAACAUGGACCCAAAAGCUCUGGCGAAGAAGAGCAACCCUGAAGUCCUGCUCGCCCUGGAGGGAGAUGAACCAGCGGUGAAGAGGAACGAGCAGCGCCUGGCGUCCCUCAGGGAGAGCAGCAGCAAAAUCUUGCCCCUGAAGUUACGGCGAACCCUGCCCACCACUCCCACAGCGGCGGUGUCGCUGUGUGACUGGGCCGACGAGGAGGACACCGUGCGUCGCGGGGACAAGCUCGUCCUGAAGUCCAACUCCGACAAUAAGGACUGGAAGCUUCAGACGAGCAGCGGACACAUCAAGACGCUUCCUGGGGCUUGUUUCAUGAUCCCACCGCCUGAUGCUGAGGCUCUGGAGAAAGUCAACAGUCUGGACCGAGCCCUGAAGGACCUGAAGAAUCGUAGAUCUGGACUAAUGGCCUCACUGAGGAAUCCAACUGUGGAGGUGGUUCGCCCUCAGAAGGCAG